UGGGGCAAGAGCUUGCAGUGUCAUGCGCAGAGAGCUGCUCGCUUCGAGCUGCGGGACUCCAGAGAGCAACUGAGCACUGCCUCUCCAGCGGGUAUAAAAGAGAACAGUCUGCUGCAAGGUCGCAUCUGAAGAGACAGCUAAUUAUAGGCUGAUUUACAGAAACAGGCAAAGUCAGAAGAAAUUUAAUAAGUGAAUAAAAAGACAACAGUUAGUUGAACAGCUGACGGGACAGACCCACCACGCUGGCAGUCCGCCGCUUGACACCGGACCGUUCAUUCAUCCGAACCGUGGAUUAAACUGUCUAGAGCCAGAGAAGAUCUUUUUACACAACCCCGAAAGUGUUUUUUCUUUAAGUAAGAAGAUUAUUUUACACAUUGUGCAAGAUGUUCCGCUGGGCGAACAAUGACGGGAAGAAAAAGGACCCCGAACUGUUUCAGACGGUUUCUGACGGGCUGAAGCGGCUCUACCGGACCAAACUCUUUCCCCUGGAAGACACCUACCGCUUCCACGACUUCCACUCUCCGGCUCUGGAAGAUGCUGAUUUCGAUAACAAGCCCAUGGUUCUUUUAGUGGGCCAGUACUCCACGGGGAAAACCACUUUUAUUCGGCAUCUGAUGGAGCAGGAUUUCCCCGGGAUGCGCAUAGGCCCCGAACCCACCACCGAUUCAUUCAUAGCGGUGAUGCACGGAGAUCAGGAGAGUCUCAUCCCGGGCAAUGCUUUAGUGGUUGACCCCAAGAAACCAUUCAGAAAACUCAACGCCUUUGGAAACGCUUUUCUGAACAGGUUUAUAUGUGCUCAGAUGCCAAAUCCAGUGUUGGACAGCAUCAGCAUUAUAGACACUCCUGGAAUCCUGUCCGGAGAGAAACAGCGGAUCAGCAGAGGUUAUGACUUUGCUGCAGUGCUCGAAUGGUUUGCUGAACGUGUGGACCGCAUUAUUCUUCUCUUUGACGCACACAAGUUGGACAUCUCAGAUGAGUUCUCAGAGGUGAUCCGAGCUCUGAAAAAUCAUGAGGACAAGAUGCGGGUGGUGCUCAACAAAGCUGAUCAGAUCGGGACCCAGCAGCUCAUGCGGGUGUAUGGUGCCCUCAUGUGGUCGCUCGGUAAAAUUGUCAACACCCCAGAGGUCAUCCGAGUCUACAUUGGCUCUUUCUGGGCUCAGCCUCUCCUGGUUGCAGAUAACAGGAAACUGUUUGAGGCAGAGGAACAAGACCUUUUCCGUGAUAUCCAAGGACUUCCACGAAAUGCAGCACUGCGCAAACUGAACGACCUUAUCAAACGGGCCCGUCUAGCCAAAGUUCAUGCCUACAUCAUCAGUGCUUUGAAGAAAGAAAUGCCAAAUGUUUUUGGGAAAGAGAAUAAGAAAAAGGAGCUCAUUGCUAACCUGGGUGACAUUUAUGCAAGGAUUGAAAAAGAACAGCAGAUCUCUCCUGGUGAUUUCCCUAAACUCAAUAAAAUGCAGGAAGUCCUCGCUGGUCAAGACUUCACUAAGUUUCAGGGAGUGAAGCCCAAGCUGCUGGAAGCAGUGGAGGAUAUGCUGGCCAAUGAUAUCGCCAAACUCAUGACCCUCGUUCGGCAGGAGGAGGCUGCCAUGCCCAGCCAGGCUGUCCAGGGUGGUGCCUUUGAUGGCACCAUGAAUGGACCCUUCGGGCAUGGCUAUGGAGAGGGUGCUGGUGAAGGCAUUGAUGAGCUGGAGUGGAUAGUGGCAAAAGACAAGCCAACUUACGACGAGAUCUUCUACACCCUGUCACCUGUCAACGGGAAGGUCUCUGGUGCCAUGGCCAAGAAGGAGAUGGUCAAAUCCAAGCUGCCUAACAAUGUUCUAGGAAAGAUCUGGAAGCUUGCUGAUGUUGAUAAUGAUGGGUUCCUGGACGACGAAGAGUUUGCCUUAGCUAACCACCUCAUCAAGGUUAAGCUGGAAGGUCACGAGUUACCUGCUGAUCUUCCUGAUCACCUUGUGCCUCCUUCUAAACGAGGACAGUAAACAGUUUGGGAAAAUAAAUAUUAUCAUUGAGCCAAUCUUUGUAGAGGUUAUGGAUGGAUGCGGGGAGGGUCUGGAAACUUAAAAAUAUAUAAGCAGAAUUUAUGAUAUAAUUAAACAAUAUGCAUUAGCUACAGGGAUCGAGCCAAAUAGCUUUUAAUUUAUCCAUCACUACAGUACACUCUUACUAUUAUUAUGUUCUUUGUUGUUGUUGUACGAUGGUAUGCUGGCAGGGUGAUGACUUCAUUAUGACCAAACUAUAGGCUGUAUUAGAAAGAGGCAUUUAAUUGUUGCAUAUCUUACGCUGAUGCUGCUUAACACUUAAAGCUAUGCAGGGAGAAAUAGUUGUGCUUGAUUUUUAAACUACUUUAGCUUUGCUUAUGGGUGAAUAUUAUCUGGAUCCUGGGAACACCAGAGCUUUAAAACUUUACUAUUUACCAUUUUGACUUGUCAAUUUGACCACCUUUUUUUAUCACCAUAAAUGCAAAACAGUGCUGUAUUCUUGUAUGGAUUGUUCACUGAUGUUGUGUUGUCAGCUGUGAUGGUUCAGAUGUUUUUAUAACUGUUCAAAAGGAGGUGUCUAUGACAAGACUUUUAAUAGACAGAUUCUCAAGUUGUAUGAUCUGUCAGUUGUAGCAUCACUCAUAUUGGUUUCUGUCUCUUAUUGAGUGCCUCACCCUGCUACAAUGUCAAAAGCUUCUCUAUGAAUACUGUUUAUAUGUACAUUAUUUUGGUCUCGUUUGCAUUAAAAAAACUACCACAAA